AUGUGGAUCGCCUACUCGCUCUCCUACGUCGUGGUCACCUACGCCGUCGGCAUCAUCCAGGAAGGCCCCUUCCACGGCCAGACCUUCGUGCUCUGGGCGUCCGCGCUGCUACUCAUCCAGGCCAGCGCGUACGCGGCGCCCGUGCACAGCCGCCGCGACGUCGACCAGCGCAAGAAGCUGCUGCUGCAGCACGCCCUCCAGACGGCGCUCGUGCUCUGGCUCAUCCUCAAGGCCAUCGGCGCCAACGCCAGCUACCGAGCGGCCAUCUGGGCCUUCUGGAGCCUCAGCGUGCUCAAGACGACCGCCAAGAUUGUCGAGAUGGUCCGGUCCAGCCUCCCGGACCCGUCGGUGAAGGUCGUCGCCGAGUACAUGGACGUCGAGGACUUCCUAGCCGCCGACCAGUUGCCGCACGACCCCGCCACCAUGAAGGGGUACAAGUACCUUUUCCACGGCGAGGACUCGAUACUGACGGCGACGACGAGCUCCGCCCCCGCCCCCGCCAAGGUGAAGGGGGUCGUGACGAUCGAUCAAGUUUACCGGUGGAUCGAUCGCCAGGCAUACAGCGACGCCGAGAAGGACAUGACCAAGGACUUCUGCCUGGCCUUCUCGCUGUUCAAGCUGCUGAAGCGGCGGUUCUUCGGGUACAGCCCCGCGGAAGCCGGCUCGCCCAAGUCACUGGACCUCGUGCUGACCGGCCUCAUCCACCACGCCGUCACCGGCCCUGACGCCGCCUUCCGGGUCGUGGAAGCGGAGCUCGCCUUCCUCUACGACUUCUUCUACACCAGGAACAUCCUCCCGGUGGGGGUCAGGACCUACAUCUUCAUCGCCGUCGUCAUGCUCAGCCUCACAAUGUGGACGGCCUUCGUCGGCACGCUCGGCCCCGGCUACAGCCGUCCUCACGUGGGCGUGAAGGACCUCGACCGCUCCGUCACGGUGGUGCUCGUGGUGAUCACGGCGGGGCUCGAGGUCUGCCAGGCGCUGGCCGCCUUCUCCAACAACUGGCGGUACGUGAUGACCGUGUACCGCUGCGUGCGCGACGACCGGCCCUGGACCAAGCAGCGGCACGGCCACCUCUGGUGCUGGAAACAGAGCAUCACUCCGCCGGCGACGACCUACUGGGAGCAGAAGAUCGGCCAGUACGUGCUCCUGCACUGGUACGACCACCGGCCGUGGAACGUGCGGUCGUGGGUCACGCUCUACCUGGUGGAACCACGGCGGCAGGGCCAGAAGAAAGGCAGCAGAAAGGCUCUGCCUCAGCAGGUCAAGCGAGCCGUGCUCGCCUCGCUCAAGGCCAGCCGCGGCGAGCUCACCAAUGGCGUCGCCACCGUGCAGAGGCACGGCCUGUCGCAGCAGCUGACAUGGGCGUGCAGGUUACCCAAGGUCACCGACCAGAUCCUGGUGUGGCACGUCGUCACCACUCGCUUCAAGUGGAUUAGCGGCCGUGGUGGUGAUACUGUCGAUGCUCGGGGUGACGGUGUCGACGACCACAGGCUCGUGGCGAGGAAGCUGUCCAACUACUGCGCCUACCUGGUGGCCUUCGUGCCGGAGAUGCUGCCGGACCCGAGCUACAACGCCGAGCAGAUCUUCGACACGGCGGUGCGGCAGGCUAGGGUCCACCUCGACGGCUGUCGGACCAAGGCCGAUAUCCUCGACCGGCUAGAUAAGAUACAGAGCAAGGAGGAGAAUUACCUGGAGGGCGGCAGCCUGUACGAGAGAGCCGGCAGCAGCAGUAUCAUAGAGAAGGCGGCGGUGCUCGGCGGGCAGCUCAGGGCGUCCGUGCCCGACGAAGGGCGGCGAUGGAAGGUGCUGGCGGAGUUCUGGGCCGAGUUCAUAUUGUUCCUCGCGCCGUCGGACAACGUGGACAUCCACGCCGAGAUGCUCGGCGCCGGCGGCGAGUUCAUGACACAACUGUGGGCUCUGCUCUCACACGCCGGAAUCCUGGAGCGGACGGCCGCUGCCAUGCCGUCGGCACCAGCAAGGACCUGA